AGGCGGCGCGGGGCUAUAUGAGGGCGGCGGCGCUGGAGGCCGGCGCAGCAGUUCAGGAUGAAGUCGACGCAGGCGGCGGGCGCGGUGUUGCGCGAGGGGGAGCUGGAGAAGCGCAGCGACAGCCUGUUCCAGCUGUGGAAGAAGAAGCUGGUGGUGCUGACGGCCGAGAGCCUCAGCCUGUUCCCCGACGGGCCGCCGGGCAAGCGCGCGGCGCGCGCCAAGGAGCUGAGCUUCGGCUCCAUCCUGAAGGUGGACUGCGUGGAGCGCACGGGCAAGUACAUCUACUUCACCAUCGUCACCACGGAGCGCAAGGAGAUCGACUUCCGCUGCCCGGCCACCAGCCGCUGGAACGCCUCCAUCACCAUGGCCCUCAUCGACUUCCAGAACCGCCGCGCCAUACAGAGCUUCCGCGCCCACCGCGACCCCGCGCUGCCGCUCGACCCGCCGCCCGCCCCCGAAACUUACUGCUGGAUCAAAAACAAGAUCAAGUGUCUUGGACUGAAGUGUGACAGGGUACCAAUGAAGGAAUACAAAGAAGAAAGCUGGAAGCACCGUGACUUCCUUCAAGUCUGUUGA